CGCUGACUUUGUUACAACACGUGAAAAACAACCCUGAGAGUUUGGACAAGUUUUUCGCGGUGAAGUUUUAUGUGGAUUUAACGAGAGACCACCGGAAAUAAAGUUCCCACUGCACCGCGGAGAGGAUGAGCAGCGCGAGCCUCACUCUGCACGGAUAAGCAACCAUAACGUGUAAGGAUCGUGUGAAAGCAGAGAUGAAGACAGCAGUAUGGACGCUGCUCUGCUCUCCCCUGGCGGUGCUGCUGCUGGUCGGGCUCCUCAGGGCCCAGCAGCACCUGCUGCCCGGCUCCUGCAACUUUGAGCUUGGCACCUGCGGCUACAAAUCAGACCCGGAGUAUGGCACCUGGAGCAUGAAUGAAGAAGGACACGUGAUAACACUGGACUCCGCCCUCCUGAAGGAGCAGCAGCAGGCUGUCCUGGUCAGUCCGGUUCUGGACCAUCAGGAAUGGAGCUGUGUGAGGCUGGUUUACCAGAUCACCGGGAGGGGGUCCCUGCAGCUCUUUCUCAGACCAGAUGGGGAUAACUUUGACUACCGGAUGUGGACUGCCAACCAAGCCUCUGACAGCUGGCUCAUUGCAAGUGUGGACCUACCUAACACCACCACCCCCUACCAGGUUCUGUUGGAAGGUCGACCUGAACGUGGCUCAGGGAACAGUGUGGCCAUCUUUGAAAUUCACAUUGUCAGUGGUUACUGUAUAGAGUGUAAUUUUGAGGAGCAUCACUUGUGCGGAUACAGCAACAGCUGGAACCCAAAUGUCAACUGGUACGUCGGGGGGAGUGUGGCCCGAGAGCCCGAGUCUCACCUGCCUGUCAGUCACAGCCACCAUCACCAGAGAGGACACUACAUGUAUGUGGACUCUGUGUACGCCAAGCACUUCCAGGAAGUAGCCAAGUUGACCUCCCCCAUGACUACGGUGCCCCUGGCCGGCUGCCUGUCCUUCUACUACAACAGAGACCAGGAGAGGGGGAACAUCUUCUCAGUCUUCACCAGAGACCAGCUUGGACACUACGAGGAGAUGUGGAGGCCCGAGGUGUUUGCUACGGCUGGCUGGACUCUGGUCAGUGUGGAUAUUAAGGCCCCCCACCCCCUGGAGGUGGUAUUUGAGGUGGCUUUCAACAGUGCCAGAGGCGGAUACGUGGCAAUAGAUGACAUCUCAUUUUCCCCUGAGUUCUGCCACACUGACACAGAGCCGAACUUUGACCCCUCUAUAGCCAACUGUGACUUUGAAGACGGGCUGUGUCUGUACCAUCAGGAGAAAACAGACAGUAAGGAAUGGAGCCGAGUGUCAGUGAAGCCUAAUGCCUACAGGAUGGGAGACCAUACCACAGGAGCAGGCUGUUUCCUCCUGGUUAACACUCUUUUCUCUUCGAGACCGGAUUAUGUGGGUCGACUUCAUGGUCCCCUUUUACCAGGGAACCACAAGUACUGCCUGAGGUUCUACUACCUGCUUCAUGGAUUUAGGAAAGUAGACAACGCUCUGGCCCUUUAUAUUUAUGAUGAGAACAAUGUGGCCCAGGAGAAGGUUUGGAGCCUGACCGACACAUCCAGGGAUGUAUGGACUGAGGUGGAGAUCACUUACAUGAAGCCAAUGCUUUCCAAGGUGGUGUUUGUCAGCAUAUGUAAGAACUUCUGGGAGUGUGGCUUGGUAGCCAUUGAUGACAUCACUGUCAGCCUGGGGGACUGUCAGAUGACAACAGGCUCCCUCCCGGGCCAGUGUGACUUUGAAAGUGGAGUCUGUGGCUACAUACAGGAUAAGAAAGGAGACAAAGCCGAUUGGCUGCGAGUGCGAGGACACACCCCCACCUCUUAUACGGGACCCAGAGGAGACCACACCACUGGGGUGGGUUACUUCAUGUACAUCGAGGCGUCACUGAUGCGUCCGGGUCACAAAUCUCGACUGCUAACCUCUGACCUGCGGGGCUCCUCGUCCCCUCAGUGUUUGAUCUUCUUCUACCACAUGUACGGAUCUGGCUCCGGCAUACUGAGCGUUCUUCUGCGCCGCAGUGACAGAGAGCAGGACACGUUGCUGUGGAGACGCCGGGGGGAGCAGAGCGUCAGCUGGAUGAGGGCGAUGGUGGACUACCAAUGUGAUGUCCGACACCAGAUAAUAUUUGAAGCCAUCCGAGGCCCAUCACUACGAAGUGAUAUUGCUAUUGAUGACAUCUCCUUUAAAAGAGGACCCUGUGAAGAUCCCGGGGACUUCGCUCCGUACUCAGGUUUCUCUGAGUAUUUUAAUGAGAUUGAGAACUGAGACAGCGGGGACGUCUUUCUCUAUAAAUGUUUGAGGGUUUUAGAAGUGUGAAUAAUCCACCGAAACAAUUUACAAAAUUGUGUUGCAGCCAGUAUCUCUAGUGCAGUGUGGGUCUGUCUUUCUUCACUUCUCAGCCUGUCAUGUUCAUUCUCAAACAUUUGUAUCUUGACUUGUCCUUGUGAUACUCAAUACACAACAGCUGUGUUAAAGCUGCUCAUACAAAUAUUUUUAAACUUUGCUGUACAUUAAGGGAAAAAAAGGUGUUUCAGUUAUAAAGCACUAAUUAUGUGCUACAUCAUAACCACAUUUACUAUCAGGUACACAGGGUUUCUAUUCAGAAUGUUAAAAAAAAACAUGUCAAAUAGCUGAUUUCAUCCCAAUAAAGGUUGAACUGACCUUCUGCUCAGUACGGUGGCCAACAGAGCCCAAUGCAUUACAAUGGCCCAAAACAGGAGGAGAACCACACUGCAGUUUUAAAAACAAUGCAAAUAAAAAACAAUACAAAUUACAAGUUUCAUGCAAAGGAAAAAACAUUUUCAUCCACUUUACAACACAUGCGCAGCACUUGGAAAACAUUCACCAUCUUGAUGAAACAUGCGCAGCGUUUAUUUAAAGCAGCAUAAACCAAACGCUGCAAAUACAAAACGCAGCAAGAUGCUCAAAACACAACGGAAACCAGGAGACACUAAAAAGUGACGCACACAGCUGGGACUGGAGCGCUUGGUGACGUUCAGGAUUAUAAAGUUGUCCAACUGUCUCCGUUGGCAGAAUUAAUCUCUUUCAUAUCUUUAAGUGUUUUGACAGUAUAUCUGCUGUAAUAUCAGAAGGAAUCAUGUUAAAAUAAGACAAUCAAAUUUACAUUUUAUGUCAGUUUUUUAUUUGCAGCAUUUUGUGUUUUUGUAUUUGAAUCGUUUUUGAGUGCAGCGUGUUUCUCCUGAUGGAAAUGUGUUGGGCCGUUGGAACUUGUUGGCCACUGUAGCUCAGGGUGUCAUGGCUUAGUCUAAUUGGGCAAAAAAAUGGAAAUCUCUAUGGACGAACAACGUGGGGAACCAUAUAAUUACACACUUUGGUGGUUAGUCACAAUGAGCCUUAAUCACUGCCAUGAAAGAAAGCACACAACAUUAAGAAUAGGCAAUACUCUUUUUAUAAUCCUUUCUUUGUGUAUCUACUGAUGCUUUAUUGUUUGUUCAUUAACUCUGUUCUGUAUAUAUUUUGUUAAAGGUAUCCAUUGAUUGAAUUCACAAAUUGGCUUCUGCCAUACAACUGUGUGGAUGUUGGGUAGAUUUAUUUGGUUAUUUCUUCGUGAGAUGUUUUAAUGUUAGUUCCACUGUGACAAAGGACAUGAGUCCAGCUUUAGUCUUCAGUCAAAAAUCUAAGCGCUUCCAGAUACUGGUCAAUGUUUGGUAAUUCCUGUCAGGAUUUACAUUUAACAUGUAGUCAGAAUCAGAUCAAGUUUAUUAUCAGGUCUACACAUACAACAUUUUUUAUUUGGUGUCUGGUGAUGCGAAUAGUCAGUAAGGUGCUGGAAACCUUCCCUUGAUGGUGGCUCAUGAGUAUCAUAUAUUUCAUGCAGACCUUCUGAGAUACACGCUACACCUCUGCUGCACUUAGUCUUCUGUCUGUGAGAUCUUGUUGUACCAGGCUUCCUGUUUAACCUCUUAACCAGAUUAAAUGUUGCUUAUAAUUUUGA